AUGGACGUCCCAGCCUUACCGAGCAAGGUACCGGGCUAUGAUCUUUACAUCGAUGGAUUUCAAGCCCUACGUCGUCCCAAGAUCCUGCAAGAUGCCAACAUCUCUCACGUGGUCUCGGUCCUCGACUGGAAGUUUGCGAAUAACUGGGCUGCCCUACGUGGGUUCCAGCAUCUACACAUCCCUCUCGAUGAUGUCUACGACUCGAACAUAUUGUCCUUCUUCCCGCGGAGCAAUGCCUUUAUCCAUGAAGGCCUGAAGCACUCCAGAUCCAGUAAACCCGCGUCCAACGAUGCGAACGACUCAGGGGUCAAUCCCUUACCUGGCGGGGUCCUUGUUCACUGGUAG